AUGGCCCCUCCCGACGACAUGCACGGCCACGUUGACGGCAGCAGCGCCGGGCCCGCCGCCGAGACCCGAAUCCGACUGGGCCACCUGCCGGAGGAGCUCUUGCUGCGCAUCGUCGAGUUCGUCUACGGGCCCGACGUCGAGCUGGAGCAGGCGUACCUGCUCGCCGACCGCCACGCCGUCUUCCACGCGCUAGCGCUGGUCGACCGGCGCUUCCGCCGCCUGGCGACGCCGCUGCUCUACCGCGUCUUCGCCACGAGCGAGAACCCGUUCCGCGAGCGCCAGCGCGCCCGCAAGACGGCGCUGUUCCUCCGCGCGCUGAGGGACAACCCGGCGCUUCGCGAGCACGUCCGCGGGCUGUGCCUGUACACGGCCGAGGGCCGCGACAAGUACCCGUCGACGGAGCUGUUCGCCCAGGUGCGGGAGCUGGUCACGCUAGUGCCCGAGACGGCGUUCUUGCACGUCAACGGCGGGUUCGACGACUUCCGGACGGAAACGCUGGAGAUUGUGGGCACCGCGAUCGUGAGCAUGAAGCGGCUGCGCCAUUUGAGCCUCAACCGGCAGGGCUACGGUCCUACGCUGGAGGACGUGGUGCGGGAGUUUCGUCGCUCGCUCGACAUUCGCCGGCUGUCUCUCAACGGCGUCACCGCAAUGAUGCGCGUCACCGGCCCAAUCAUCCAUGAAAAGGUACACCAUGCCCCCCUCCCCAGGUUCACAUCCCAUAACCUACCUGCUUCCUCUCCUCUCUACUCACACGGGCCACAGGAGUACCGCACAGCGUCGUUCACGCACCUCACGCUCAAGGACUACAGCGAAGACUGGGCGGCGACGGCGCAGCUGCUGAGCUGGCCGCGCGCGCUGCACAGCUUCGAGUUCGGCAACUUCCGCAACAACCGCAACGACAUGGACCUGUGCAUGUUCGGCAACGCGCUGCUGCAGCACCGCGACACGCUGACCGCGCUGGACCUGGGCUUCCUUCGGCGGCGCAGCAGCGCCGACGCCGGUGAGGCCGCCACCAUGAUCGACGUGUCCCUGUUCCCCGCCCUGCGGGAGCUGACGCUCUCGCGGUGGUCCUUCCGCAGCACCGACCUCGCCUUCACCGGCGAGACGGGCCGCCGGCUGCUCGCGCCGCGCCUGCGCCGCUUCACCUGGUCCUUCGGCAUCGGCUUCAUGGAGUCGGAGCGGCUGUCGGACAUGGGGCCCAACGAGGAGGCCUGGCUGCGCGACUUUGGCAACUACGCGGCGGAGAGGCGGCGGCGCGGGGGCGAGGCGUGUGAUGGUGGCUGCCUGCGCACCAUCUACGUGAGGUACCUGCCGAUCAGGGUCCUCGGUGAGCAGGGCAGCGCCGAGUACCCGUGGGAUCGGCUGCGGCGCGUGGCGGAUGACUUGGCGCCGCGCGGCAUCGAACUGCUGUAUAGCGAUCCAAAGUGGUCGAGGGAGGAUUGGCAGGAGUGCGUCAAGGCGUGGGAGGAUUGGACGUAA